GCCGGUUCACUUGUUCUAUCGACUAUUCCGAGACUGAAACUCAAUCAAAUCAGAACUUCGAAUCCCAUUUUCAAUCUAAUUGGAAAACAUGUCGAUCUUCCCUGGAAAAUACAAGCGCACCCAAGAGGAGAAGUAUGAAGACUUCCUGAGCAAAUUGGGUGUCGGUUUCAUGGUCCGAAAGGCUGCAACUGUUUCGGCUCCAUCCAUGGAGAUCGUUGACUUGGGCGGCGGCAAGUGGAAGAUCAUCACAGCUACAAAGCUGAAGACCAUGGAGUUGGUCUUUGAAUUCGGCAAGCCUGUGGAGGAGACCACCGCCGACGGCCGAGAGGUCUCUACUGUUAUCACUCAAGAAGGAAAUACCUGGAACACCGAGCAGAAGGCCAAGAAGGCUGGCCAGAAGGACGUCAAGGUGAUCCGAGAAUUCUCAGAUAAGGGCAUUGCAGUUCAAAUGAUCUGCGAGGAUGUCGUUUCCAAACAAUUUUUUGAACGAUCAUAAAAUGGAGAAAUACACUAAUGGUCAUCUCA